AGUUCCGGCGCCCUGUGAGGGCGGGGGAGCUGGGAGGAGGGUGAAAUUUAGCCAUCAGUGUGUGGCAGGGUCAUGAAAAAGCGGCGGCGGCGGCAGAGAGGAGGAGGCGGCGGCGGCGGAGUGAAACUGCGGUAGCUGCCCCCUGGGCUGGUAGUGUGGCUUUGUUGGGAGGGCGUAGUUCCUAAUCCCCUUUCCGGGCAGCAGCCGGGGCUCGGGGCUGUGAGCGGCCGUCAAGGCUGCCUCCCCGGGCCCCCUGCCUCCGCCAUGUUCCGCAGGGCACGCCUUAGCGUGAAGCCGAAUGUCAGGCCUAGUGUAGGCGCCAGGGGCUCCACAGCUCCCAAUCCCCAGCGUGGGCAGGAGUCUCCCAGGCCGCCGGAGCCUGCCACGGACUCUGCUUCCAAGCCAGCGGAGCCCACAGAUGUACCCGCAGUCGAUUUCGGUGGAGCGGAGCCCCAAGAAAAGGCUCCUAGGAGCAGUUCUGAAAAGACUGGUAGUGACAAUGAUGUUGAAGAAUCCAGUAGAUCUUCCCCUACUGUUUCACAGAGAAGAAAGCGAAUAUCAAGUACUUCUAGUCUGGUUAAGGCUAGUGUCAGUGUUCCUUCAGAAUCUCAUCCCUUAUCUACAGUUAAUCAAGAGGCUGCACAGCCAACUGCCACUCCAACAAAAGAGAAACAGCUGUGCUCAGACAGAUACCGAAUAUACAAAGCCCAGAAACUGAGGGAAAUGUUAAAAGAAGAAUUGAGAAAAGAGAAGAAACAAUGGAAAAACAAAUAUGCUAUAAAUGAAAGUCAGAGGCCACCAGAUCGUUCAAAAAUGACUAUGAGAGACUUCAUAUAUUAUCUACCAGAUAACAAUCCAAUGACUUCUUCACUGGAACAAGAAAAGAAAACUGAAAAGCCAUCGACUCCAGUCCAGACAAGAGAGCAAGAAGGUAAGAGUACUGCUAAUGCUGAAGAUAAUGAAAUGGAAGAAGAGACAGAUGAUGGGCCAUUACUGGUUCCUCGAGUAAAAGUGGCAGAAGAUGGCUCUAUUAUUUUGGAUGAAGAAAGUUUAACUGUAGAAGUUUUAAGAACGAAAGGCCCUUGUGUUGUUGAAGAAAAUGACCCCAUAUUUGAGCGCGGUUCUACAACUACAUACUCCAGCUUUAGGAAAAAUUAUUACUCUAAGCCAUGGUCAAACAAAGAAACAGAUAUGUUUUUUUUAGCCAUCAGCAUGGUAGGAACUGACUUUUCUAUGAUCGGACAACUUUUUCCUCACAGAGCAAGGAUAGAAAUUAAGAAUAAAUUUAAACGUGAAGAGAAAACAAAUGGAUGGAGAAUAGACAAAGCAUUCCAGGAAAAGCGCCCUUUUGACUUCGAUUUUUUUGCUCAUUUGCUUCAGAAAGUUCUUGCUGAAGAAGAGAAAAGAAAACAAAAAUCUGUUAAAAAUCACAGUUUAAAGGAGAAGAAAUCCACCAAACCACGGAAAAAUGUAAAAGUCAAAAAAGUUGCCUGUGAAGGAGUGAAUGAUGAUCCAGAUGAGUCUAUGAGUUCUAGAAUUUCAGACACAGAAAGAUCUCAGAAGGAUGCUCAGACAGUUGACGAAGAGUCUCUGACCUUAUCAGGGAAGGAUGCAGAACAGGUUGCAUUAGAAGUAGACCUAAAUCAAAAGAAAAGAAGAAGGAAGAAACAAGAUGGAGCUAAUGAACUGGAAGUAAACAAUCUUUUAGAAAAUGCCACUGUUCAGGCGGGUCCUUCUAAAGGAGAAAAACACAAGAAUAAAUGUCAGGCUAUAAGGCCUGAGGUAAAGGAAGGUGAAUGCAGUAAGGAGCAGAUGCUUUCCUGCACACAAAACAUAGAUGGCAUUGUGGGUUUUGCCUCCAGUGAAAAAGUUGAGAAAAGAACUGACCCCAUCCUUUCAUUAAGUAAUCAACAAGAUGCCACAUCAGUAGCAACUGAGUCUUCAGAAUCAAGCACUUCAGAUUUGCCUUCAUUAGAAGUUGGAAUUAGAGCAUUGUGUGAGGUGAAUGAUGCUGAGAGUAGUUGUACAGAAGAAAGAAAUGUUGACCUAAAAAAUAAUUCACUGGAAAUUGAUCAAACAGAAAAUGUUAAACCGAUGUUGAGAGGUCGCUUCCAGAGACCUAAACCCAAUUUGUCAAGGGCUGGGAAGAAAUCAGUUCUUUCACAAGGCAAAACAGAGGCAGAGAGCAAGAAUUCACAUUCAAAAACUUCAGUUGAAAAGGACCACCUGGAAAAGGAUAAGAUGAAUACAUUGGACACUUUGAGAAUGGAGACUACAGAGAGAGAGAAUCCAGAAGCUGAAACUGUAUCUAUGUUGGGUGAAAAAAAUUGUCUGCAGGAAGGGAGUCAACUAAAGGCUUUAACAUCUGCAAAAGUGAGGGGCCGAUUGCAAAAGCCAAAGCCAAAUGUAGGUAAAGCUGCUGGAAGAAAAGAAAUUCUCAUGUCACAGGAAGAAAUUGGGGCCAGUGUAGAAAAGAAUGAAAAUGAAUCCUGUGCUGAUAGAGAUACUCCUCAGCACAUGGAAGAUCAAUCAUGUAAAGAUUUUGAAGAGGAAGAUGUCAUAUUACAACCUGAGAAAAAUGAUUCUUUUCAAAAUGUGCAGCCAGAUGAGCCCAAGGUUCUUAAUGAAUGUCUAAGCAUUCAAGAGAAUAAUAAAGCAAAUAAACUUAAUCAAGUCCCAAUUCUAAGGACUCGAUUUCAGAAACCAAAGCCAAAUAUCGGAAGAGGAACCGGAAGGAGAGAAAUUUCCUCAAAAGAAGAGGUACUAGAGAAGAUUCUUGUCUCUGGGGAAAUGACAGCAGCAUUGAGAGAAACUGUAAGACCAGACACCUCACCAAAGGAGAUGGUACCAGCAGAGAUUAAUACUUCUAAAGAAAUGCAGUCAGAUUUAAAAGAAACUGGAAGAAGAGCCAUUUCUCCCAGGGAGAAGAUUCUAGAUGUGAUUGAUGUCACCAGGGAAAUGGAGACAGGUUUGAAAGCAAGGGGAAGAGAGAUUUGUUUAAGGGAGAGGACACCAGAGGUGAUUGAUGCCACUAAGGAAAUAGACAAAGAUUUGGGAGAAACUGGAAGAAGAGAAAUACCCCCACAUGAAAAUGACCCAGAGGAGAUCAAGCCUGUAGGUGAAAUGGAGACAAAUUUAAAAGCAACUGGAAAUGAGAGUUCCCCAAGGGAGAAGACACCAGAGGUGAUUGAUGCCACUCAGGAAAUAGACAAAGAUUUGGAAGACGCUGGAAGAAGAAAAAUAUCCCCAAAGGAAAAUGGCCCAGAGGAGGUCAAGCCUGUAGAAAUGGAGACAGAUUUGAAAGCAACUGGAAGAGAGAGUUUCCCAAGGGAGAAGACACCAGAGGUGAUUGAUGCUGCUGAGGAAAUAGAGAUAGAUGUGGAAGAAACUGAAAGAGAAAUAUCCCCACAGGAAGAUGGCCCAGAGGAGGUCAGGCCUGUAGGUAAAAUGGAGACAGAUUUGAAAGAAAUUAGAGAAGAAAUUUCCCAAAGGGAAAAGGUGCUAGCAGAGAUCAGUGCUGUAAGGGAAAAGGAGAUUGAUUUGAAAGAAACUGGAAAAAGAGACAUUUCCAUGAUGGAGAAAGUAUCAGGAAAGAUGGCUGUCAUUGAAGAAAUGGAGACAGAUAUGAAAGAAACUGGAAGAGAAAAUUUUAGAGAGAGAGGAUCUGAAGAGACCUGUGUUACUGAGGAAAAGGUGGCAGAAUUGAAAAAAACUGGAAAAACAGACAUUUCUCCAAGGGAAAAUGAACUAGAGGAGACUAGUACCUCAAGACAAACUGAGACACAUUUAAUGCAGAGCGGUAGCAAUGACUGCAGUGCUAUGCCUUCACUAGAUAUUAAAAACAUUAGCAGUGAAGUACUGUCGAUGAUGCACACACCUGUAGAAGAAAAAAGAGAUUCUGAAAAAGAAGUAUCAAGUCACUUCAGUCAUUUCAGGAUUUCUUCACAGACUCAUGAAUCUGAUAAAACAGAAGUCCUGGGGAUUCGAUCUCCAGAUGUUACAGAGCCGUUUUCAGAUAUUAAUUUAAGUAGAUCUCUUCCUCAAGAACAGAAGUCACUUGAAAUUAAACCAGCACCUUUUGUGAGGAGUCGAUUCAAAAGACCAAAACCAAACUUAGCAAGAGCAGCUUUGAAGAGAGAGACUACAGAAUCAGAAAAAAAUAUAUAUGAGAAGAAAUCAGAAACCAAGAAAAUGGAGACUAUUGUGAUGCAAGAAAAUAAUGAACAAGCUGAUACUGUCCCUUCUCAACAUGAUGAAGCUUCCCUAAUAAUAUCAAGAGAAAAAGACACAUCAGGUCACAGGAAUGAGGAGGCUGUGAUAUUGCCAUGUACACAGACUGAAAAGAACCUUUCAUCUUCAAAUUCUUGUGAACCUAAAGAGGAGUCUCAGUCAGCACAAGCCCAGGAAAAUGACUUAGUUGUUUCUGUGGGGACUAAUAAUAAAAACAUUUUCCAGCAAGAAAUGAAAGAAAGUGUUAUCCAAACUGCUCGACCAGUAAGGGGCCGACUUCAGAGACCGAGACCAAAUGUAAGAAAGACAGGACAGAGGCAAAUAGUAGACAAAGGUGAUGCCAAAGGCAUAAUUAAGGAAGAAAGAACAAUAUUACGAAACGAUGAAACCGAGAAGAAAAUCUUAACUGCGUCAAAUCCUCAAAUUGAAACUGAAAUUGAAGUUCCAUCCUCCACAGUUUCAGAACACAGAAUGUGUGAAAAUCAGAGUCAGGUGGUUCUUGUAGAAAACCUUCAUAUUAACAAAACAGAUGAAACAAUCAGACAUGAAAAUAAACUGUAUGUUCCUAGUUCAGCACAAAUGACAAGAAGGAAAUUCCAAAAGGCUAAGCCAAAUUUGGGAAGAGCACACAGUAAGAAAGAGGAACCAAUUUUAGAAAAAGGCACAACAGAUCAGAGCAAGGAAGGCAAGCCAGAAGAUCAUUUGCUGCAGAAAGGAGCUUCCAACACCCAGCUCCUUCUAAAAGAAAAAGCUGAGCUUUUGACAUCUAUGGAGGUUUCAGCGAGAAAAGAUUGUGUAGGUUCCAACGAGUCUGCUUUGGCAAAAAUAAAUGCUGAAUUAGAAGAAGCUGGACCAUCAAGAAGGGUUGGAGAGGAAACUGUAGGAGAUAAUUCACUAUCUUCAGUUGUUGAAGAGCAAUAUCUCAAUAAACUAACAAGCUGUCCACAACCGUUAAAAGAAUCAAAUUACUCUAAAAUUGCUCUGGAUGGGAAAACAACUAUCUCUUCUGCAUCUGAGUAUGAGAGAAAUCGUAGUGAAAGGAAAAGUCACAGAAAGAUCAAACCAAAUGUCACCAGAGGUCGUGGAUCAAAACGAGUUCGGGGUAAGACCUCUAAGAAGGAACCUAGAGCUUCCAAGGCCAUGCUGGUGACUCUUCGGGCUUCCCAGGAAGAAGAAGAUGAUGCUGAUGAUUUUGAGUCUGACUAUGAAGAAGAAAGCUGUCAUCUUGCUCCUGAAGAAGUAAACAAAGCUCCAGUAUUUGUACCUGUUGGUCUCAGAUCUCCUGAACCUGUUUCUGCUCAGAUAGAGGAAACAAUGGAAGAGCUUGAAAUAACUGUGAAUGUCCCAGAUGUAGGAUGCAUAGCUGUUGUUGAACAUGAGCUCCCUAACACAGAUGUGACUACUGAAGAAAUGAAACAAGAAGAAAAUUUGAAUGCAUCAUCAUUUGAAAUGACCACAGGUGAACAUAUCCAAGAUGAACCAGGUACCAAUGAUGGAAGCACUGAAGCUGCAAUAACUUUACUUACAAUGGGAGAUCUAGUAUUGCAGUCAGAGAUCAGUACUGAACAGGGUGAUGUAGGGGUAUGUAUACUUCCUCAUGUACAUUCAAAGGAUAAAAGCCAUAUUCCUUUUAGCCUAGAUAAUGUAAAUCACAAAAUUGUUCAUGAAUGUCAGGAGCUUUCUUCACCUGUCAUUACUACAUCUCCUGCAUCAUUUGAAGAAAACAAGAUUGUAUUGGAGGAGCGAAGUUCCAGAGAAGAAAUAAGUUUAAUGGAGAAAGUAAAGGAGAAUGCUAUACCAACCAGGAAUACUAUUUCUAAAGUGACCAGUAAUUUGAGAAUAAGAAGUAGACUUGUCAAGCCUAAGCCAAAUCUUGAGAAGACUUUAGGGACCAACAGGUUUGAUGAUUAUCGGGAAGUUUCCAGUUUGUGUGUAACCAAAGGGGAAGAAAUGGAAACUCAAAGAGAAACAGAGAAAAAUCCUUCCAAAGCAACAGAAUUGGAAGAUAAAAACCUCGGACCAGUUACAACAGCAGAGAAUAAGGAUCAGAGCAAAUUGGCAUGUGUACAUGGUGUCAAAGGGACCAGUAUUUCUCCAGAAGUAAACCUAACUGAAAGAAAUGAAAAUCAAGAAGAGAGCUCUCAGGAGGUUCACAUGUUGUCAGUUGCUCCAGUUGCUUCCUCUGAGACAGGGCCCUGCACACUUGGUUUGGAUAGGGGUCUUGGUGAAAAUUCUGUUGAAGAGGCCCAGAUAAAAGACUCUAAAGGAGACAGUGUGCUUACACUUCCUGUGCCAGAGUAUACACCAACAAGUAUUCCAGAAGUCCAACAAGAGAAUAUAAUCAAUCCUCAAGACCUAACAGUGAAUCUAGUUGCUAAUGUACCUCAAGAUGGAGAAGAUGAACAAGCCUUUAUUUUAACUCUGGUGGAAAUUCCAACCAAUGCAGUAGAAGAAUUUACUGAUGCCACUGCACAGUUCAUGCCAAACCCUUUACUGCCAGCUCCCAUAUUGGUCAAAUCGGUGAAUACCGAGGAAAGAGGUGACAUGAGUAUUUGUUUACCAGCAACUUCAGUUGGUCAGAAUGCCAUGGGUUUAUCUAUUUCUGGAAGAGAUAAUUCUAAAAAGCCUCCUGAUAAUUUGGAUCUUAUAUCUAGGAAGAGAUUUCAAUGCAGGCUUGAUGAAAAUGACCACAUUCCUCCUGCCAAAAAAUGUUUGCUCAGUUUAAGAGAUGACUGUCAAGAAUAUACCUCUGAGGUACACUCAAAGGAAUUAACAAAUGCUUUUGAAGAAACAGGGGUGUCUCACAAAGGACAAGAUAUUUUUCCUACCUCGGGAAGCACACUGACAACUCCAGAACCUCAAAGACAGCAAGUUGAACCAGCUUUUCAGAGUAGAGGAUCUAGAUCUCCUGAUGCAUGCAUAGACAAGAAUGUACCUCAGUUACCUCAGGAUGAAAUGAUUGUGUCUGAUAAGGAAGAAAGAACUGAUGCUGCUCCUAAGUCUGAGCAAAUGGAUAGCAGAACAUCAUCUUCUAAAGCCCCACUAUCCAGACCUGGCAGAAGACCCCUGGGAUUUUUAUCUUUAAUAUGUUCAAAGAAUAGUUUGGAGUCUGACGAACCUAUGCAGGUCCAUAGUAAGAAACGCCUAAAACCUCUUAUACCUGCAUUAAGACAGAAAUUGAAAAGAUCUAAUCCAUUCAAUGAAAGCCAGAAAAAAAAUCAAGAUUCCUCUGAUCCGCUUCCAUCUCCAAGUGUUAUUAAUACUCAAUCUAAGAAUAUUAGCAGCUCAGCAACUCAGGUUUCUUGUGAUCAGCCCUUACUGAAAGAAGGACAUAAAAGUGCCCAAAAGCGGGCCCUUCAAGGGGAGCCAACCACAGUCUCUGAAUAUUUCUUCAAUGAUAUCUUCAUUGAAGUGGAUGAAACAGAAUAAAACAGUCUUUUGUCUUUUUCUUUUUUAAAUUAGGUCUAGGAUUUCCAGAGUCAAUUACAUCACCAAAACAGUAUUUAGAGCAAAAUAUCACUGUCUAUUUUUCUUUAGGUUGAUUUUGAAUAUUUAAUGAGCUUGAUUUGAAGCUUUUAUAAUCAGUGGAAAACAUUUCUGAGGUUCCUCUCAUUCUGAUUGAUUCAGCGUUUUGCAAAUAGCAAGCAAUUAAGACUGCUUUCUCAGACAGAUGUUGUUUACAUUUUGACUCUUCCUGUGCUAAGCACACAUGGACAUUUGGGAAUGUUGUGGAUAUAUGUCUCUGUAUGAAUUGCAGUGCAGAUAGAUUUGGGGGUUAAUUGUAUCGUAUUUAACAUUUAGCAACUUCUUUUGUGAAGAUUUUUUAUUUUUAGGGGGAGACGAUGAAGGAUGAAGCCUUUUCCGUUGCUUCUAUGUACAGUCAUGUAUCACAUAAUAAUGUUUAAGUCAACGAUGGACCACAUAUAUGACAGUGGUCCCAUAUAAUUAAAAUGGAGAUAAAAAAUUCCUAUCAACUAGUGACAUUAUAGCCAUCAUAACACAGUGCGUUGCUUUUUUAUGUUUAGAUAUGUUUAGAUACACAAAUACUACUAUUGUGUUACAACUGCCUACAGUGUUCAGCAUAGUAACACAUUGUAGAGGUUUGUAGCCUAGGAUCUCUAAGAUAUACCACAUAGCCUCGGUCUGUAGGGUGUGUCGCAGUCUAUACCAUCUCAGUGUUUGUAAGUACACUCUGUGUUGUUCCACACAAGAUCACCUAACAAGGCAUUUCUUAGAACAUACAGUUAAGGGACACGUGACUAUAUGUGAAAACAAAUUGUCAAACUUCACUUUAGGAUGGUAAAUGUUAAAGAACUUUUCUAUUAUCAGCUGUUUGUCUGACUAAAAAAUACAUAUUUUUCUAAUUCAUGGUGAUGUAACAUUAGUCCUCAUUGAAAAACUAGUAUUUAAACAUAAUUAUUUAUAAAGAUGACACAUCAAAGAGCUUAUUUAUUUUUAAAUUUUUUAUUUAAAAGGAUAUUCAGUUUUAGCUAUUUUCACCCUUCAGAUUGUAGAUAAGGAAGGCAUUAACAAAUUUAUGUUUGUCUCCUUUUUCUCUUUAAUUUUAAAGAUAUUUGAAAUGCUAUAACUAAAAAUGUUUGGUGUAUAUGUUUUGAAUACCUUUGUUCCCUCAGUUUAGUAUAUUGACUUUGUACUGUGAAUUUUUCUGUUUUUCUUCUUUCUUGGAUAAUCUCAGGAUUUUCAUGAGGGUAGGGGGAACUCAAUCCACUUUGUUUAUUAGACAGAAUUUCCAUACAAAGUUCAAUCUCCUUGAUACACACACAGACAUAUAUUAGUUUUUAAAAAGCCAACUUCUUCAUAGUUUUUUCUCGAUUCUCAAGGAACACUUAGAUCUUUAAGCGUGGAACAUAAUAGUGAUGUUAAAAACAGAGAAAAUAAGACUUUAUAAACUUAAUGAUUAUCAUCAAUAUGAAUUUAAGAUUUGUUUUAAUUUCAAGAUUUAAUGAUUUACAUAUGUAAUUCUAUUAUCUACCCAAGCAGAUCUGUAGUAGUUCCAGUUAGACUUCUCAAACAGCAAAUUUAUCCUGAUUUUAUUUGAAAAGCCUCUUGGAAUGAUAAUAUAGUAGCUCAGGAAUUGGAAACUUUCUGCAAACUAUUUUGGGUUUGCAGGCCAGAUGGUCUCUGUGGCAGCUACUCAGCUCUGCAAUUUCAGUGUGAAAGAAGCCAUAGACAGUACUUGAAUGAAGGACUGUGGCUGGAUUGGCCUUCAUUUGACCCCUGCAUUAGGCCCCAAAUUUUCUUACCCUGAGGUGCUGAUACCUGUAUGUAUGAGUUAUUUGUCACUAAAGUUAUGAGUUGUGCCUAAAAGUUAAAACUGUUGAUUGUAUUAUAUAAUGAUCAGUAUUUCAAUUGGGAAGAUAUUUUAGAGUCUAGAUAAUUAUGUUUGUAUAUUGAAAAAACAGUGGCCAGUUUUUAAGUUCCUUAAUAGAAGAGAAUUAUGUCUCAGCAGGUAUAACAGUAAUGCUAAUUUAUUGAAACUACUGCUGUUAGAGCACUUCUUAUUCAUUGUCUUUUAGUAAAAUUUAUGGCAUAACAUUUUGUCAGAGAGGAGGCUAUAUAAUUUGGAGUGGAAAUUGUAAGUAGGCAUUUAUUUCAUGAUUGAUAUGUCACAGAAAUUAUGGUAGUAAAUCACAUUGCUAUUUUAAUACCCUGUUUAGGUAAGUUUUUAAAACUCAUAUUCUGAAAAGAUUUCAUUCUCUUAGUGUUAGUUUGGGAGUUAGAUUGCCAUGAUUAAACUAUUAUUUAUCCUUGUGUAAUAUAAUUUUUAACCUUAACAUCUAUCUCUUUUUAAUCUAUAAUCUAGUUUUAUGGAAGAUGGAAUUUCUUACUAUAUAAAGAGUACAAAGACUCAUUGUAUUAGAGAAUCAAGUCAGCCAGCUAAAUUAUCCUACUGUUAUAUCCUUAAACCUGAUUUUGGAAAAGAGAAAGUUAAUCAGUGUAUUUACCUUACAUGGUGGAAAGAACUAUGUUAGGUCUGAUUCAUGUAAAGAAGAUGUUGCAAAGAAUUUAUUUCACAAAUCUUAAAGGAGAUGUGAGUAAAAGUUUUUAUCUUUUCUUGACUUUUUCUCCUGAACACUUAUGUCUUAGCAAGUGGUCAGCAUGAGGGUUUGAACACCUAAUUGUUGGUAAAUGGUUGAGGCAUGACAAAAAUACUAAUAUCCACUGUUUAUCAUCAUGUUAUUUGAAACAAAAGUGACCAUGUAUACUAUCUUGCUUGAAGAAGUCUUUGACAGAAAAAGCAAUAUCAUGUCAUUUAUAAAUUUUCUUGUUCUAAAGAAAGCAGUUGUAUGUAUAUAUGAAUUAUGUAAAUAAAAGUUAUUUUAUACCAUU